UAAAUGAUUUGAGAAUGACUGGUGUAAGGCCAGUGAUUAAUUAUAUAACAUAUUGGGACAACGUAAAUGAAGGGGAGGAAUCAUUCACGGCGGUAGAGUUCAUCUGUGUGGACGGAAGUUGCUUUUACAAGACGUUGGAACAACGGCGACCUGAUUCUGAAUCUGCAGACAGUUCGGGAGAAAGCAUGGCUGAUCGAAGGAUUCCGCGUAAAAGGGUACCACCCAAUCGCCUUGUUGAGGAAAAUGAGGAAAAUGAUGGAGCAUCAGCAACAGCACCAACUCAACAGGUGUCCCUUCAAAAAAUGAAGGAGGAAAAUGCUUUUUUAAAAGCUAAAAUUAAAUUCUUAGAGGACAAAUGCAAGGACAUCGAAAGUGAGAGAGAUUUCCUGCGUAGCAGUCUGACCAAUGCCUUGUCAGCAAAGGAAGACAUGAUGGGAGCUUCCUGCAAACCCAAAUAUGAUGAUCCUGUGUCACAGUCUUCCAGUACAGAAGAUGACCUUCAUACAGAACGGAAAAAGAAGACAAAGAGUAGAGGAAAAGUUGAGAGGAAAAAAAGACAUCACAAAGUUGACUCAUCGUCCUCCUCUGAAUCAACCUCAUUCUCAUCUCAAUCCUCUUCAUCCCCUGCACCCCGAAAAUCCAGCAAAAACAAGGAUAAAGCCAAGAAAAGGAAUGGGAAAAAAAAGCAGAAAUGCACAAGAGUCUUUCUUCCAGAGCAAGCCAUUAAGAGAUACAAGAAGGUCUUGGGCCAUUUGAAAAGUGGAACAACAAAAACACAGGCGUACUUCAAAUGUGGCGUGGAUAGAAAGACAAUUGUGGAUACUGCUGCAAUUGCAGAGCUCGAAGCAUGUGACAUCGAGGCCUACAAAAAUUUGCGUGGCACCUUCCAAAGAGGACAGAAACUGUCUGAUUUUGCAGAGCGGUGCAGAGAAUUAUGCAGACAGGAGCCAUUGCAAAGCACCAUUGAAGAAAAAAAGAAAGCUGGCAUGCUUAUUGACUUUUGUGAGAGACAAAAAUAACCAACCUAUGUUUAUGCAUGUGUAUGUGUGUUUCUUUGUAUGAUAAAUACCAUUCCAUGCAUGUUCUAGCUCAAUGACUACACACACAGCCACUUUAACUUUAAUAUUUUUUAGGGGUGCACCGAUCGAGAUCGGCCGAUCUUUAUGUGCAUCUCGUCAGUAAAGCCGGUUCUCUAAUCAGCGGUAAAUUCCAUCAGGUGCGUGAUUUCAAAUAGAGAUUUACUACACACAGCCGUUGUUAACUGAGAAGAUGCACAAAUAAACACUGAAAAUGAACGUGGAUUUGCGCAUCUUCUCAGUUAACAACGGCUCUGUGUAGUAACAGCUGCUCUAUGUGAAA